AUGGCGGGGGAGUUUCCUAAAGACGCCCAAGGCUUGUACGGCCGCUCUGUCACAGGACCUGCGCCAUCAGCAGCAACCACUGCCACCGCGACCCCUCAGUAUCGACCUGGGACACCCACCUCCGAAUCCCUUGGCCGCAACCCUUUUGCCGAUGGCGUCGAGUCCAGGAGUUCCCACCCACCCGGCCAUGCCGACGUUCCGAGCAGCGGGACAAAUCCCUUUGUGAGCCCGGAAACAUCGCGCCCAGCGUCGAGCUACGGUUCUUCCAGCGGCCGCGACGCCAGCCGGUUCGAUGAGGGACCUCAACGGUACUUUCAAUCCAGGCGCAUUCGCAAGGACGAUAUCCAGAAGCCCUGGCUGGAGAAAGUCCACCCCAAGGAGAAAUGGGUCACGAUUCUGCCUGUCAUUGGCAUUCUGAUCGGUCUGGGUAUAUCCGGCUUUCUCGUGUGGGACGGUGUUCGCAGCGUCGUCAAGCACAAGUACUGUCUCGUGCUCGAGGACGACUUCUCCAACGGCCUCAACUCCAACAUCUGGACCAAGGAAGUUGAAGUCGGUGGCUUUGGCAAUGGCCAAUUCGAAUGGACCACAACGAGCGAAGAGAAUGUCUUCGUUAGGGACUCGAAACUCCACAUCCGUGCCACCCUAACCGACUCGUCGCUGAUCGAACACGAUACCGUCAUCGACCUGCUCGAAGAUGGUACCUGCACGUCCGACAUAGUCUCCAACUGUGUUACGGCCACCAACACGACCUCCGGUAAUGCCACCAUUGUCCAGCCCGCUAGGUCUGGCCGUAUACACACCAAGAAGGGCGCCCGGAUCAAGUACGGCCGUGUUGAAGUCACCGCCAAGAUGCCCCGGGGUGACUGGCUUUGGCCCGCUAUUUGGAUGCUUCCCGAGCGCGAUACCUAUGGUCCCUGGCCCGCGUCUGGCGAGAUCGAUAUCCUCGAAUCUCGCGGCAACGACUGGCGAUAUGACCAGGGCGGCAACGACAUUGCCUCGUCCGCACUGCACUGGGGUCCUGACCCCGGCAAUGACGCCUGGUGGCGCACCAACAAUAAGCGGCAGGCUCUCAAGACGACCUAUUCGGCCGGCUUCAACACCUUCGGCCUCGAGUGGUCCCAGAAGUACCUCUUUACGUAUAUCAACAGCCGACUGCUCCAGGUGCUCUACACCAACUUCAACGAACCCAUGUGGAGACGGGGUAACUUCCCCGAAGCCAAUGCCAACGGCACACGCCUGAACAACAUUUGGUCCCAGACCGGCCGCAGCAACACUCCCUUUGACCACCCCUUCUAUCUGAUUCUCAAUGUGGCCGUCGGCGGUACGAACGGCUGGUUCGAGGACGGAAGGUCUGACAAGCCCUGGUUGAACGGCUCCCCCAACGCGAAGAAGGACUUUUGGGAGCACCGGGAAGACUUCAUCCCCACCUGGACUCAGCCUGAGAUGGAAGUCAGCAAGGUGAUGAUGUGGCAGCAAUGUAACGGUGACGAGGAGCUCGAGGAAUUGUGA